AUGGCGGAGGAGGCGGCGGCGGUCUCUGAGGCGGCGGUCUCUGAGGCGGCGUUCAGCCUGCAGAAUGAGGCUAAAGAUGAUUAUCAGUAUGAAGAGGUUUCAGCAGAUGAUGAGAUCAGUCUUCAUGAAGAUGAUGAGGAUCUGUCCAAAGCUUUGCAGACUCUUCAAGAGCAGACUGAAGAUGCCCAAAUUUUAGCUUUGCAGUCGGUUCUGACUUCUGAGAAAUCGGUAUCAGAAAUACCUCAAGCAAUGGAUGACUUCUUCUGCAAUUUCCUGGUCAGAUUGGGAAUGUCUAGAACCCUUGACUGCUUCCAGACUGAAUGGUAUGAACUCAUUGAGAGAGGUGUGCUCACAGUUGAGGAUGCUGGGCUGGUUCCAGAUGUGUACACCCGCAACCAGCAACUGGAGACUGAGAAUCUGAGCUUGAAGAAAGAUCUGGAAAACUACAAACACUCUCUCAAUAAAAGAGAAGAGGCUCUCCUAAAAAUGCAGAAAGAACGAGACUUCCAUCGAAUGCAUCAUAACCGAGUGGUCCAGGAGAAAAACAGGCUGAUUUCUGAUAUGAAAAGGCUGAAGGCACAUUAUGCAUCCUAUGAACCAAUGCUGAAGCAGCUGUCAGAAAAAUACCAGAAUUCACUGACACAGAAAAUGUUAACCAGUUUGGAGAGAGACAAAGCAAUGGGGCAGGUUACAGGUUUGCAGGUUGCGUUGGAAAGUUUAGAGUCUGGAUAUGCUAAGCAGAUCCCUGAGACAAAAGUAGGCCAUGAUUGUACGAGGAAGAAAGGAUUUGAAGGUCCCACCCAGAAAGCUCUUCGGGAAGCCAGGCAGCAAAAAUUCCUUGUUGUUGCAAGCUCUUCCUGUGGUCCAGAUGAAGAUGCAAAGAAGAUGGGCAGGAGAGAUCUAAAGGAUUCAGAGUUCCCUGUUGAUCCUGAAGGGAUCCCAUACUUGGAGCAGCCUAAAGAGCACACUCAGCCCCUGAGAUCUGGCCACUAUCAACUGAGCAGCAUUUUGAAGGUGCACGACUUCGCAGUGAGCUGCAUGGCUUUACACCCCCGAAAGAGCAUGGUGCUGAGCGGGGGCGACGACCGCCUGUGGAAGACGUGGGGCUUCCCCGAUGGCAGCAUCCUCCUGACGGGGGAAGGGCACACGGACUGGCUCUCGGGCUGCUGCUUCAGGCCCAGUGGCACCCAGCUGGUGACAUCGAGCGGGGACAGCACAGUGAGGAUCUGGGACCUGUCGAGGCGCGGCUGCAUCCUGACCCUGCGGGGCCAUGCCCGCGCCGUGCGGGGCUGCUCCUGGCACUCCUGUGGGGACUUCGUGGCCUCUGCCUCCAUGGAUGGCACCAGCAAAAUCUGGGAUGUUAACAGUGAGAGGUGCAGAUACACCCUGCGUGGCCACGAGGAGUCAGUGAACAGCAUCGAGUUCCUGCCCUUCUCCAGCACCGUCCUCACCAGCUCUGCUGACAAGACCUUGUCUCUCUGGGAUGUCAGAACAGGUCUCCGCGUUUACACAUUCCAGGGUCAUGUGCAUUCCUGUAAUCAUGCUACAUUCAACAAGAAGGGGGAUACCAUUGCUUCCUGCGACUCCUCGGGCGUGAUGAAGCUCUGGGACAUGCGGAAGUUGCUCCCUAUCCUGUCGAUCGACGCCGGUCCCCAUCCUGCCAACCAGGUCUCCUUUCAUCGCUCUGGUGGCCUGGUGGCUCUGGCCAGCAGCGAGGGCUCCGUGAAGGUGCUGUGCCUGGCCGUGGGCCAGCUUUCCAUCCUGCGUGGCCCUGGGGUUGAGGUGCGCUGUGUGCGCUUCCACGGCCAGGAUUACCUGCUGUCAGCGGGCGCCGAUGGCAGGGUUUGCAUCUGGACCUGGGCUCAGUGA